AUGACUCUCCUCCUUCCACCACCCACCCUACAUGCAUUACCUCACCAACGACCCUGUCCAUUUACGGCACCCCCGCAUGAUUUAAACCUGACCGAAAACGCCACGGCAUUGCAAUCCCGACCCUUUCUACUCUCACCAGCAAGAUUCUCCGAAGACGACUGCCACGAUGAUGACGACGAGUCGGAGGUAGAAGAUAUCUGCCAUCCGUCUCCAGGCUCUGACACCUACGACGGUCAUGUGUCCGAAGCCACCUCCACUGCAAACCAUUCCAUCAAUAAUAUGGAAUUUCCAGGCGCUCGGAAGAAUGAUGGCGAAGCGUCUGCUGUAGAAGCAGAUGAGGGGCCUAAUUCGGGAGAAAUAUCGGGGUUAUCGUUGAUGGAGAAUAGGGAUGACGACUCAGAUAUCUACUGCACGCCGAGCCCUCCACCGAUGCCCAUGCAAUCCAGAAUUAACGUGCAUUCGCUGGCAGUGAAGCAAGAGGAUGCCAGCGAGGAGGACGUCUCCGACAUCUUGGGCCCUCCAGAAGCAGGAAGCUCCCGCCACGGGUCAGCGGGAACGCCUGACGCGGUAUCGACCCCAAUUACGUGGAAGCUGGACACAGCAGAGGAAGUUCUUUCGCUCACGGUUAUUUCACAGCGCUGCCUAAGGAUCCCGACGACGCCAAUAGUCGGCAGCCUACGGCGCCGCUGGUGGGAGCUAACUUGA